GUAAAAUACAACAAAAAUACAGAUCAAGAGAGAGAAAAGCGUGGGGACAAGGAGGGGCCUGAGGCCGCAGCGUCCCCAGAAGAAUUUCCUUCUCAGCAGAUUCUUUCUCUUCUUCUUUUUUUCCCCUCCACUCAUCCCCUCCGUUUUUUUCCCAUUCUUUUUCUUUUCCCUCAUAUUUAUAUCGAAAUUCAAUCGAUCAAUUGCAGCUUCAAUUCAAACCCUAACUCCCUGUCUUUCUCUGCUUUCCAAUCUCCUCAUUUGGCAUUUGCUUCCAGGUGGUGACAAUGUCAACUCCUGCAAGGAAGAGGCUAAUGAGAGAUUUUAAGAGGUUGCAACAAGAUCCACCGGCAGGUAUCAGUGGAGCGCCUCAAGACAACAAUAUAAUGCUUUGGAAUGCAGUUAUAUUCGGUCCAGAUGAUACUCCAUGGGAUGGAGGCACGUUCAAGUUGACUCUUCAAUUCACUGAGGAUUAUCCAAACAAGCCUCCAACAGUGAGAUUUGUUUCCCGAAUGUUUCAUCCAAAUAUUUAUGCCGAUGGAAGUAUUUGUUUGGACAUUUUACAGAACCAGUGGAGUCCUAUAUAUGAUGUAGCAGCUAUUCUCACAUCCAUUCAGUCAUUGCUGUGUGAUCCCAACCCAAACUCACCUGCGAACUCAGAAGCUGCUAGGAUGUUUAGUGAGAACAAGCGUGAGUACAACCGAAGAGUAAGGGAGAUUGUGGAGCAGAGCUGGACAGCAGACUAACUCCAUGCAGUAGUGGGGCAGUGGGGUUUUAAGGUUUGAUGUUAUGGUAGAAUUGCUGUCGGGACCCAUCAACUUUAUCCUGUACCCCCACUCAUUUUCCCUUUAGAAAUGGAUGUUAGGGGUAUUUGAUCGACAUCAUGCUCAAGACAUUUUGCUUCGUGUGUCUUUAAGCUUGUGUAAAGUAGCAUUUAUGUAUCUAUUUGCAUUGAACCAUCAUGAACUUUAUGCUUCUAUAUAAAUGUCUGGUUGAUUUCGUCCCAAAUGCAAGCAUUCUA